CUUCCCUUUGCUCGCCUACUUGGUUGAUCAUCUCUUCAUACCAUAUACUGAUACUUCUACUUCAUCAUACAGCCAAUUUUGACACUUAGGCUAAGCAAUACUUCGAUGAAUAGCCUUCCUUCUACUACCUUGUGCCGCUGUAUCACUGCAGUAGAAUGCCAUAACCACAGACCCAACGGUGUCUGCCCAGAGCUCCUAGAAGAACGUCGCCCGCCGUAAGACAACAGUUAUCGACGACAAAUGCUUCGGAGGGUAUCAAUAUAGCCUCAGAAGAUGGAAAAGAUUGCCUUUGUGUAUUAGUACAGUUCCUUUAGAUUUCAUACAUCCGCUAUUUCAUACUUGGCCUUUGAUAUACAGCCAAAAAAGGAGGGUCCUAAAACACAAAAGAAAGAGCUUAUCGCCAGGCACAAAAUGAAUCGCUUCAUGGAUAUCCUGAGCAAGCCCGGAGCCAAGGGCGACAUCCAAGGCGUGGCUCCCACUCAGUUCACCGAGAAAGACGGCCUUGCAAUCGACAAGCCUAACGCCACUGGCUACGCACCGAAAAGCAAACCCAGAAUGCUAGACCGGUGGCUUGACUUCGUCGUUCGAAUGUCUGGCUCAGAGCCGGUGUUCUUCUUCAUCCUCACCGGUCUCCUCGCCUGGGCUUUGCUUGGGAUCAAGUACGGGACCACCGACCUCUGGCAAGUCCUGAUCUCCGACAUACAGGCAAUCGUCAGCUAUGUGUUUGACUCAUUCCUGGUCAGACAGCAGCUCAACGCAUACGAGGAGGAAAUGACUGUGGCCGCCGAGUUGCAGUCGCGCAUUCUCAGCCACCGCAGGAUGCUGACGAAACUGGAGUUGGAAAGAGACAAUAAAGAUCCGGAGAAGCGAGCCCGUCUGGUGACGAUCGUAGCUCAGUACCGGGACGCUCCCGACUUCAGCGCAGAGCUACCUACUGAAAAGCGUUUCGGACGGACCAUCACUUGGUUCUCUCAUGUACUGGGUCAUCUAGGCACCGUCGCUCUAUACUGGGUUGGCGUCUUUGUCUGGGUCGGCAUCGGACAUCUGAAAGGAUACAGCAACGAGUGGCAGCUGUACAUGAACUCGGCGUCUUCGGCGUUGAUGGUGUUUGUCUUUGCAUUCCUGCCUAACAUCCGUGAGCGACACUCGGCCUACACCCUUAGUUGUCUGAACGCAAUCUUCAAGGUUGACGCAACGCUCGAAUUUCGCCUCCGACUCCUCACUGGCGAUAACAUUGACAACGAUGUGGUCGUCAUCCCAGCGCCGAAGGUCAGCGGAGUUCAACGUGCCAUCUUCUACUACGCGGAUCUCGUCGGGACGCUGGUCGGCAUUACCAUCCUGCUAAUCAUGAUGAUCAUAUGGGUGGCGAUAGGACCUCUACUGCAAUUCAACGCAAACUGGUGGCUGAUCAUUGGCACUUACGCUGGUCUCGUUGGCAUGAACGAUGGCUUUGUCCUCCGAAACUUGCAAGCUCGCCUUCGAGACUUUGCCGAUCUAGAGAUUGAAAAGAUCGAAACGGAAGACAGCAAACUCUUUGAGAGUGUCGGUCAGGCCAUGCCGGUCAAAGAGGUCACUGAAAAGACAGGUCUGACGCACCGCGUAUCCGAUGCGAUGAAUCGGGUCUGCGCGCAUGAGAUCACGGUCGUGGCUGGCUUUCUCGUCAUUGUGUGCCUCAUUGCUGGAGCAAGUGCAAUGAAAUGGACAAUGACAGGCCAAUUGCUGUGCAAUGUCCCACCAAGCUUGAUUGAGUCAUUCUUCAUGAUCAUCUUAAUCACAGGUCAUAACUCGGCUGAUGAUUGCAAGCGAGUGGAUCUGCGGAAUCUCUAUGAGAGGCGUCUGGAUCUUCUGGCUCUUGUCAAUGGUGUACAAACACUUCGAGAGGAGAACGGCGCACAGAGGGACUAGUCGUUACGGUAUUCGCUCGCCUGAGAACAUAUCGUCGUUCAAUUUGUGGAUUGGAAUAGUUGUUGAUUUGCUCCUACCGCUUUCCUGUAUCUCUUGACUGUUUCAGUUUUCGGCAUUGUUGAGCUUCCUCGAGGCGACUGCAGCCCAGUUGCAAAAGUCCAUGUAUUUCAUCUUGAUUCACACUGUGUUAAAGUGUUGCUAAGUUAGUUACUGAUACAAAUACCACGAGCAUAUGUACAUGC